GGUUAAAAAAGAUAAAUUGUCGACAAAUACCAUUACUUAUACUUACCAUUCUUGAUGUAUGUUUUGUGUACUUUUUGGUAUCUAUAAGUAUUUGAGUUUGAUCUAAUAUUCACAUAUUCUGAAUUGUUUUAUUAAUUAAAAAAUUUAAACAAACAAACCCAUAAAUGUUCGAAUAAACUAUUGCAAAAUGAGUUUCUCAAGUGAUGAAGUAAAUUUUUUAGUUUAUAGAUAUUUGCAGGAAUCAGGUUUUCAACAUUCUGCUUAUACAUUUGGCAUUGAAUCACAUAUAUCACAGUCAAAUAUCAAUGGGGCCCUCGUUCCUCCAGCGGCAUUGCUGAGCAUAUUACAAAAAGGACUGCAAUAUACAGAAGCCGAAAUCAGUAUUGGGGAAGAUGGUACAGAACAAAGGUUGGUGGAAAGUUUAAGUUUAAUUGAUGCUGUUAUGCCAGAUGUUGUGGCAAGUAGACAAAAUCAGCAAAAUCAACAAAAAGCUAUUAAAGCAGAAGCUUCAGAGGGCAAUGGUGAAGAAAGUAAUACUACUGUAGUAUCCAGCCAAAAUGAAAUAAUGGAAGUGGACUCCACCAUAGAGAUCCCAUCUUCCAAAGCCACGGUACUUCGCGGUCAUGAAUCUGAAGUAUUUAUCUGCGCCUGGAAUCCAACAACUGACCUUCUUGCCAGUGGAUCAGGAGACAGUACAGCUCGAAUUUGGGACAUGUCUGAUAAUACCGCCAGUCCAAACCAGUUAGUGCUUCGACAUUGUAUUCAAAAGGGAGGCACUGAAGUUCCAAGCAAUAAAGACGUUACAUCUCUCGAUUGGAAUUGUGAUGGAAGUUUACUUGCAACAGGCAGCUACGAUGGAUAUGCUCGAAUUUGGACGACCGAUGGACGGUUGGCCAGCACAUUAGGUCAACAUAAGGGGCCUAUAUUUGCUCUUAAAUGGAACAGGAGAGGCAACUAUAUACUUUCAGCGGGAGUUGACAAAACAACUAUAAUAUGGGAUGCUGCAAGUGGGCAAUGUACUCAGCAGUUCAGUUUUCAUUCUGCUCCAGCAUUAGAUGUUGACUGGCAGACGAACACAUCUUUUGCUAGUUGUUCCACGGAUCAAUGCAUACACGUUUGUAAAUUAUCCAUGGAUAAACCUAUCAAAUCCUUCCAGGGCCAUACGAAUGAAGUAAAUGCAAUAAAAUGGGAUCCACAAGGUCAGUUACUGGCAUCUUGCUCUGAUGAUAUGACUCUGAAAAUAUGGUCUAUGAAACACGAUACUUGCGUUCACGACUUACAAGCCCAUUCUAAAGAAAUAUACACUAUAAAGUGGUCACCGACAGGGCCCGGCACACAGAAUCCUAAUAUGAAUUUGAUACUGGCUUCGGCCAGUUUUGAUUCUACUGUAAGACUGUGGGAUGUGGAAAGGGGUGCAUGUAUUCACACUCUAACUAAACAUACCGAGCCCGUUUAUUCAGUAGCAUUCAGCCCAGACGGAAAAUUCCUGGCCAGCGGCAGUUUUGAUAAGUGUGUUCAUAUUUGGUCCACGCAAUCUGGGCAGCUGGUUCAUAGCUACAAGGGAACUGGUGGCAUAUUUGAAGUGUGUUGGAAUUCUAGAGGUGAUAAAGUCGGUGCCAGUGCCUCUGAUGGUAGUGUUUUUGUUCUAGAUUUACGCAAAUUAUAAAUAUUUUAAUCGUGUAGAUACAUUUUUAUAUAUUUUUUAAUUGCCUACCUGAAAUAAGUAAGACCUAUUUAAUAGUAUUCUAUUUUGUUAAGUCUGACCUACAUUUUAUUUUAGUGUACGACUGUAUGACAUAUUAUUCUAUUCUUAUUUUCCUGUAUCGAGAUAUUGAUUAUGAAAUAUAUAUUUAUUUGCA